AUGAAGGAUUUCAGCAAGUAUCACUUUAUCGAGGAACCUUCUGAUGCUAAGGAGAAAAAAGCAUUCCGAAAGCUUGUGAAGGAGAAAGAGAGGAUGCUUGAUCAGCUGCAAGACCGGGAAUAUGCUUGCAGACACGCUUUGGCAGUUGAGAUUGCGUUCACUGCAAGCAAAGAAGAAUUCCGUGAGAUGGACUUGAGGAAACCCGGGCAGUCGGCUUUAUCUAGUUUGCACUUCUUGUUUGCUGCCACGCAGAUGCAUCUAUCUAUCGGAUCCGCUCAGAUGGACAAACAAAGCAGCCAAGAACUUUUGAGCGAAAGCAACGUCGCGGGUUUCAGUAGGGUUCAAAAACCGAAGCUGGCAACAGUGGAGCUUCAACUUCUACCCUAUGACGUUCUGCGCGACAUACUGUCACGGUUGUCGAUCAAAGAUGUCGUAAGGAUGAGCACACUUUCUCUUGAAUGGAAACUGCUACGGAUAUGCCACCCAGAACUGGUCUUCACCAAACACACCUUUGGCAUCAGUACAGACACGAAUACUAACCCAGAUCUGGUCUCCAAAGACUUCUUUAGCAUCAUUAAAGACAUGGAUACUAAACGAGCAUCCUGGGCUGCUGAAUUCAUCACCAAUGUGGACAGUGUAUUGCACCCACUGUGGUCUACUUGUACUACAACUACGACUACACUGGACAAGUUUGCUGUCGAAUUUGGCCUUCGCAGAAUGCACAAGUAUCACAUUGAUAGAUGGGUUAGCUUUUCCAUUGCGUCAAGGGCCAAACACAUUGCUUUUGAUUUCACGUUUGAUGUCAAUUUCUUUGGCCCUGGAUGUGACCAGUACAAGUAUGUUUUCCCGAUGUGCAGGCUCAGUGGCCCAAACGGCUCUUGUGUCACAUCUCUUGUUCUGGGCUAUGUUGCAGUACCUGCGUGUUCGCAUUGUGAACUGGACAUGAUAGAUUUGCAUGCUCCAAAUCUUACCAAAUUUGAGUUUGAUGACCAUCCGAUGCAAACUGUGCUCACUCAAUCUUCAAAGUUGUCAGAGGCAAUUUUUGUGUCGAACUUGAGAGUACUCGACGGUUAUGAUGAUGUUCUGGAUUAUAUCUUCACUGAGCUUCCAACUGCGCUUCCUCAUGUGCACACACUACUUCUACUUUUGACUGUUAAUCAGAUGGAUCAUGAUAGAUUUUGCUCAGAAAAUCCGAGGACAGUGUUAGCGACGCAAGGGCCUCCGCAUCGUCAUCUCAAGAGUGUCUACAUGUCUGGAUUUUGUGAUGUAUUGGGGCUAGCCGAGCUGGCGCUCUACAUCCUUAGGAAUGCUACUGUGCUUCAACGUAUGGUAGUAGAUCCUGUGGCAGGGAUGAUGGAUAAUGCGUUGAUCGAACGUUUCUGUUCGGUCAGCAAUGGCGGUAGCAGUGAAGAUAUUGUUUUUCCAACCGAUGGGACUCGGAAAUACGUCAGCAAGAAGAGGAUGUUUGCAAAAAAUAACCUUGACAAAGAGGAGUUUUGUCGCGUCCUCACCAUUUUAUGA